AGAUUACUUGCCACACAGCUGAUUAAAAUGGUACUGAUGACUAAUUUUGUGAUUGGACAAGCUCACAUUCUUCCCAUAGCGAAAUACAAAUACGUGAAUUUCACCAACCAAAAGCAUAAAAGCUUUGUGUCUGUUUAUAAAUUUGUUAGCAAUUCACUUGAACUUGCACUGUGCGAAGAGUUGGUGUCAUAUUUGUGGUUUAUUGAAAUUUAAUUUAAUUUAACAAUAAAAUGGAAAAUUCGGCAAUGGAUGCAAGCGAACGUUUAACAUCUAAAAACAAUAUUUUGGCUAUUGGCGGUCAUUUCCCGAAAAACACCAAUAGGAAAAGAGAAAUAACAAAAUGUGAAUUCAAAUCGGAGUUCACAAAAAGAUUAUCUCAACUUGUCAUGGGUGAUCCGAAUGUGAGCGCUGAGAAAAAGUUCGUUAUGGAAAAUCUUCUGAUGAAUAUUAUUAAAGUAGACAAUUUGACCACGCAUUAUGUGUUCAGCAUUAAUAAGACAACCGAUGCCUGCAUUUCAUUUGGCCGCACAAUUGAUGCCAAGUCCGUUCUUCGUGCUACAAAGAAUAAACUCAGCAAUGAGAAAUGGAUUUCAGAGAAUGUGAUGGAAAGAACCUGUCAAAAGAAAGAUGUUAAGCACUUUAAGCAAGAAUUUCUGAAGCAGAGGAAGCCUUAAAUAGACAAGAUUUUAAAAUUAAAGUGUCAAUAGAUUGUAAUUCGGAAGUAAUAACACAAACUGUAAAUGAAAUAAAAUACAUUUUUGAAUAUUCAGAAUUUGCAUAAUUUAUGUGACAUAUUCAAUUCUGCGUGUUUCAGUAUUAAUGAAAGACUUUCAUAGUUAGUAGUGAAAAAUAAAUUAUUAUUUUUUAAAUUGUUUAUAUCAUAUUUUCGUAGUAUGUAAAUUGUAAAUUCUGUAAAAUAACAGAAUAUACCACAUUUUUUCUGUUGAGAAUUUUAAAAAUUAACCGUAAACGUUGACUAACAUUGAAACCCCUGUAAUUAAUGGAGCUAAAUCAAAUUUUUGCAAAUAAAUAAAUAAAAUAAACUAUUAUAUUAUAUUACCACACAUAAUUAUAUUAUUAUUUUGUACUAUGCAAAUUAUUUGUUUUUUCUUUAUUUACAGAAUCAACAACUUUUGUCUAAUAUAUUCAAGUAAUUCGUUAGCACUAGAAGACGUCCCAUCAAAUGUAAUUUGUGGUGUGAUUUGUUAGUUGAACUAUUUCUAAUUUCUAUAAUUGUAAAGAAAAUAAAUUAAUAUACAAUAAAACAUUCUAACCUUGUGUAGUACGUAAAUUGCAGAACAAUAUAGAACAAUAUUUUUUAAUAAUUCAUCGUAGAAGUUCACUGACAUUGAACCUAAUUAUAAUUUUAAAUUAAAGU